AUGAAUUAUGUUUCACGCAGUCCUCAAGUUCCUAUCUAUCAACAGAUAAAGACAUUUGUGUAAGGUCUAGCCCAAAAAAGAAACUAGAAGGUAGUAUUAAAUGAGGUUUAAUCUCUCAUUAAUCAAUUGGGUAUACCUGGAGAAUAGUAUUUCUUACUUCAACUUUUGGAGAGUAUAGAAAUAUAAAAGGAAAAACAAUCUCUAACAUAAAAAGGGCAAUUUCUUGUAUAAUGGCUCUAAUAAGCCUCAUCUAAAUCCCAUUUCUUAGAUUACUUUUGUGGUGUGGUUGAAGCAGUGUGUCCAUAAUCUUAAUCCAUUACUGAAUAUUUAUUAGAAUUGUGUAAUACUCUUAAAGUACCAUCUUUGGUAUAAAUGAUUAUGUGGCUAUCCAUCACUUUUUCAUCAAGUGUUAGUUUUUCUAAAGAAGGCAUUAAAAUGUUAAAAAAGAAGCUGCAAGAACCCUUUUAAUAGAAAAACAAUUUAUAAGUACCCUAAUAUGUAAUUCAUACAUUAUUAUAUCAACUUAGAAACAUUCCUGAAUUGACGGUAAAAAUAUUUAAAUUAUAUUAGGAUCUUGAAUAAGAAAUCAAGAAUUUUAAUGAAUAUGUUUAAAAUACAAAAUAGCCUGAUUUAAAAUGUUUGUAUGAUGAUAAUAAAAAGUAUAUGAAAUUGGAUCCAGUAAAUAUUGAAAUUCCUAAAAUUAAUGAGUGUAUUAAACCUGUAGACAUUUUAAGGGAAUUGGGACCUUACACAAGCAAUUUAUAAUAAAUAUUUACAGAAUAUAGUGAUAGUGAUAUAAUAGAUUGCUUAUUGUAUUUGGCUAAUAAUUAAGGUGAGGAAAUUCAUAAAGAUGUUCAAUGGUUAUUUAAAUUAACUUAAAAUACUUAAUAGCCAGAUUGGGAUUAAUAGUUUGUAGAAUCAAAUAAAUAAUAGGAAGAUGAUUUUAUUAAAUUUUUUAUUAAUGAUAAUAAUAAACGAUAAUGGUCACAAGUAUUUGAGAAAUUAGAUAGACCCAAUUUGGAAUUAUCAUUAUAAGGAUUUAAUAAUUUAAUGGGCAUAUUAGCUAAGAUUAAAAAAUAAUAAUAAUAGUUUUAAUUACCACAUAGAUUAUUAUUAGAUAAAUGGCAUAAUAAGAAAUCUUAAAUUACUUUCCUUUCUUGUAUGUUAAAAGUUAAUAAGCCUGAAUAGUUAUUUUGGAAUGAAAUUUAACCAAAGAAAUUAGUUGUUAUGGAACAUAUUACAAAUUUUAAGACUUAAUAAUAAUUAUAAUUUUGGUAAAAUUUAGAAUUUGUAUAAAUGCUGAUAGAAUUAAGUGAAUAUGGAUAUAUAGCUGAAAUAAGAGAGUUUUUUGAAACACCAAUAAGAUAAAAUCCAGAUUUAGUAAUUUUGGCUUUAUUUUAAAUUUCACCUUCAUAAGGAGGAGCAUUAAUAGAUGAAUUAUUUACUUUGUUAUUUCCUAAUUAUGUAUCAUAACAUGCAAAUUCAUCACCAGUUUUAGAAUAGAUGUGGAAAUACAAUUAGAAUUUAUUUAUUACAGGAAUAAGUGAAUUAUAUAAAAAAGAAUAAGGAAAGAAAGAGAAUUCAUGUUUAAAUUUAUCAAGAGUAUUGGAUAUUGUUUAAUAAUUGUUUUAAAAUUCCCAAUAGAAUAAUACUUCUUUAUUAACAAUGGCAAAAUUUGAAGAUUAUUAAUUUUCAGUUCCAUUGGGGAUAUUGGCAGGUAAGCGAGAAUAUUUGAAUUUUGAUAUAUGGUUAAAUGAACGAAUAAAGUCUUAAGGUAUUCCAUUUGUAAAUGUAUUAUUACAAUACAUAGAUGAGAAUGUGAUAUAAUAGAUAAAAGAGUAUCAAAUAAAAUUUGGAUUGCCAAGUGGUUAGUUAGGAUAGAUGUAAAUACAAUAAUUGGAUUAGAUAUUAGAUAAAGGUUAAUUAAAAUUAGAGAUGAUAACAAUAAUAUUUGAGUAAUUGAUGAAUUAAGGAGAUAAAUUGGGGAAUAAGAUUAAAUAGACUACAUAAUAAUACUAUAAAGAAGUAGUACAAGUGUUUCCAUAGUUAGCAGGAUAGCCGAAUUAAAAAACAAAUUAGGAAGUGGAGAGUAAGACAGAUAGUUAUUUUGAGAGUUAUUAUAAUGAAUAGAUAAGUUUGGAGAGUUUUUUAAAUAAAAUGGUAUAAUGGAAAACAUAAGGUAGUAUAUAAGAGAAAGAGGUGUAUGCUUGUAUAAUAACCAAUUUAUAUAAUGAGUAUUAAUUUCAUUUGAAAUACCCAAAGAAGGAAUUAGAAUUAACAGGAUAGUUGUUUGGAGGAGUAUUAGAAAGAGGAUUAGUAGAAGGUUAAAGUAUAUAAAUAGGUUUGAAGAUAAUUUAAGUAUCAUUAAAGAAUAAUUCAUAAAGAUAUGAUUUUGCUGUUAAAGCAUUAGAUGUAAUGAAGAAUAAAAUAUAUGAAUGGCCAUGGUUUGCAUAAGAUGUGAUGGCAUGUGAAUAAUUAUCAUUCAAGAAUCCAGACCUGUUGGCAGAAAUAAUAAGAGUUUGUGAAAAGCAUGGUAUAAAGUCUCCAUUAUAAUCUGCAACUCCAAUAUAGACGGUUUUCCAUAAGCCAAUUCAGUUAGUUGUUUAAAAAGAAAAGUAAGAAGAAGAGCCAGCUUAUGUACCUCUAAAGAAAUCAGAAUCAGUUCCUAUUUAAUCAACACAACCUGUUCCAAUCAUAGUUCCUACUGUAGUAUAACCUAUUCAAAUACCUAUCUAAUAAUAGCCAUAACCAGUUAUUGUACCAUAGUAGCAAUAACCAGUUACUCAGGUUUAAUAACAUUAAUAAUAUUAAUAAGUACAUUUAUAAUCAGUUACUCCUCCACCUACAUCAUAAAAAUAAUCAUAAUUACCAGUGUAACAUACACCUCAACCUUAAAAAUAAAAAUAAGAUGAUAAUAAUGCAAAUAUUAAUUUGACAUAUAAAUAAAUUUUAUAGAUGGAAUUUGAAAUGUUUUCAAAAUGUGGAGCAGAUUUAGAAGUAAAAGAAUAUUUUACAUUUACAUUGAAUAGUAUUUCAUAAAAUAAUGUUGAAUAAAAAGCUGCAGAAAUAAGAUAAAAAUUAGAAAAUUAAGAUGCUUUAUUUUAUUUUAUAAAAACAAUAGCAUAUUUGCGUUCUCCAAUGACUCAAUAAUAAGCAUAAGGUCCUAAUGUUAUGUGUUGUUUACUGGCUGCAUUAAAUAAAUCUAAAUAUUUUUCAGAAGUUGCAAAAGAAGUUAGUAUAGGAUUAACAAGAUUGUUGAGUAUAAAUAAGGCAACUCCAUCUGCAGAUGAUAGAAGUACUAUAAAAAAUAUGGGCAGUUUUUUAGGUUAGAUUACUGUUUCAAGAGAUAAACCUUUUUUAUUUAAAUAUUUUGAUUACAAGACAUUAUUGAAAUAAAAUCAAUGGACAAUAUAUCCUUUGUGUAAAAUCUUAGAAUAAGUUAAGAGUAGUUAAAUAUUUACAAAAAAUAAUAAAUGGAUUAAUAAAAUGUUAUAAGAGUUGGAUGCUGCCAAGGAUACAUGUAAUACAAUGGCCAAAUAUGAAAUCAUGAAUUUAUUGAAAUAGAUUGAAUAUACAGUUCAACCAAUAAAUCCAACUCCCACUCCUAUUCUUAUUCCAAAUCCUGUUGCUACUAUUCCUUAACCAUAAUAACCAUAACCUAUUAUAGAUAUAGAUCCACUUAAUAAAUUGAAUAUUAAGAAUCUACCAUAAUAUGUAAUGGCAGAUUCCAAAAAUUUAUAUGAUAAAUUAAGUGAAGCUGAGUGUAAAAACCUUGUAGCUACAGCUUUAGAUCAUGCUAUUUCUGAUAUCAUUCCACCUGUUAUAAGUAGAAGUGUUACUAUUGCUCUUAUUACUACAAGAGAAUUAGUGUUUAAAGAUUUUGCACUUGAACCAAAUGAAAAAUAUAUGUUAAGAGGAAUGCAUAUGAUAGCUUCACAUUUAUCUGGAAGUUUAGCUAUGGUUACUUGUAGAGAACCAUUAAAAGUUAGAAUUACUCAUUAUCUUAAAGAAGGAACUGAAUAAAUUGAUCUUGAUAGCAAAACUAAAGAAAUCUUUGUUUAAACUGCUGCUUAAGAAAAUUUAGAUCUAGGUUGUGCUUUAAUAAGAAAAGCUGUUAUUGAAAGAGCUCUAGAAGAUGUUAAUCAAGAUCCUUUGAUUUUAGCAGAAUUAGAAAAAAGAUAACGUUGCAAAGAAAAAGGUUAAUAAUAUAGAGAUGAGAUUACUUAAAAUUAACUUAAAUUCUUACCUGAACCAUUACAACCUAGAAUCUAAGGUUUGACUGAAGAAGAAAUAAGAAUUUAUGAAGAAUUUGGAAACAAAAAAAAAUAACCCAAGUAAACUGUCUUAUAAAAAGUAUCCACAUUAUGUUAACUUCUAUAAGAUCCUUAAAACAAUGAAGAAAAAAUAAUAUAACUUAUUUAAGAUUUAAAUGAAUAAGAAUAAUCUAAUCCUGAAUAAUUCUAUAAGGAUUUGGCUGAUAAAUUUUUAUAAGUCAUUUUAACCAAUAAUUUAACUUCCGAAAAAAUAUCUAUCUCUUUAGAUUUGAUAAAUAUUCUUAUAAGAAAAAUUAAUGAAAAAGUAGGUAAAAAAUGGAGUGAAUUAGUUGCAGAAUUCAUUUCCAAAAAUAUUGAACUUUUAGAACACAGUCCUUUAUGGUGGUAAGCUUUUCCUAUUAUGUUAAAUAAAAAACUUAUUUAAAGUUCAGAGGCUGAAUAAAUAAUGAAUUAAAUUCUAACAAAAGAUAAUCAAAUUAAUGUUAGCUCUAUUGUCUACAUACUUAGAAAAGUUAUCAUUGAAGAAGAUAAUAAUCAAAAUUUAAAUUCAUUCAAAAAUAUUAUUAAAGAAAUCAGUAAAAAGAAGGACACAAAUCCAACUGUUAAUAAAUUCUUUUAAGAACUUUCUAAUUAUGUUAGCAAUUCUUCUUAAAUUAAAGUCUUUUAAAAAAAAUUAAAUUUAAUAAAAGGCUUCUAUUCUAAAAUUGAUGAAGAAUUCUCAAAUUAAGUUGCACAAAAAUUAAAAUUAUGGUAUUAAUUAAAUUCUGAUUCUGAAGAAGAAUUAAAAAGCUUUUUUAUAAUAUAAGGAGAAACCUAAUUUUUAGUUGAAGAUUAAUUAAGUAAAUUUUUUGCUUAUGCAAUCGAACUUAGUAUGAAUGAUAACAAAGAAUAUAUGGAUCAUUCUCAAAUCGAAUAAUUAGGGAAAAUGAUUACUAUUAUGGCUAAAGGGCUAGAUUCUAAAGCAAGACCUAAAUUCUUUGAAAAAUUAUUUGAUGGAUGCUUAAUGGUACUCACUAAACUACAUGAAAUUACUAAAUAGAAAUUUAAUUAAAGACAAUUGUUCAAACUAUUUUAUAAUUUACUUUUUGAUUUACAAAUUUUGGAUGAAGACGUUAAGAUAUUCCAUUACAAAUUUGCUGAUUUUUUAGAAAAAAUCGAACCAAGUCUCUAUCCUGGAUUCUCUUAUGCUUGGUUAGAAUUACUCUGCAAUAGAUAUUUCUAAUAGAUAAUUACUACAAAUGAAAAUGCUUUUGCAAGGUUGGUUAUUAAAUUAUUAGAAUUUGUGAGAGAAACAAUUACUGAAGAAACUAUCUCUUAUCAUUAUGUAUAAGAAUAUCUUAAAGGAGUCACAAGAUUUUUUAUGAUUUUAUUAACAGAUUAGAGAAAGUUCUGUAGCAAAUUUGCUUUUUGUUUUGCAGAUGAGGUACCUUUUAAUUAUGUCCAAUUAUUAAAUUUAAGUUUAGCUGCUUUUCCUAAUGAUCAAACUGAUGAUCCUUAAUCAUGCACUAACAUAUAUGAUAUUCCUGAUUCUCAAAAAUUUGGUUAGAUUGUUCAUGCUAGUUUAGAGGAAUAAAACUAAAUAAAAAUCAAAGAAGAAAUUUUACUUAUGUUAAAUAUGAAUGAUGAAGAUUUAAAAAUAAAAAUAAGUAGGUAUUUUGAGUAUGAUCAAAAAUCUAAGUUGCCAUUAUAAAUAUCUGGUUUCUUCCUUUUAUUGCCAAGACUUGAGAAUCUUAAUAUUUAAUAGCAAAGAACAUUGUUAACUAGAAUAAUUAAGCUUUCUAGUUUUGCAAUUAGAUAUAAUGUGAUGAAUGUAAUAUUGAAUUAACUUCGUUAUCCUGAGAAAGCAACUGAAUUCUAUAUUCUAUAUAUCUUAUCAUAAUUCAUUAUUGCUGAUAACCACUAAAUUUAAGAAUAAUUUACUACGUAUUAUUUGUUUAGAUUAUAAUUAGGUUGAUCUCUAAGCGUUUCUUACCAGAAAGUCCAAAAACAUGGGGAAUGUUGUACCUUCAUGAAGAAUUAAAGAGAACUUAAUCUAAUAACAACCUAUACAAAUUGUAUUAGAUUCAAAGACAAUGA